AUGUCUGAGGACGUGUCCCGUUUUCUGUCCCAGGUGAAAGAGUUAGGAGAACGACGAAUCGAAGAGGAUGAGGCUCGGUCGAGAGAGCUAGAAGAGAAGAUACUGCAAGAGCGCAAAGAACGACAGGCACGUCGCGCAGCCCUCCAGCCGUGGCCUUCGUCAGCAACAACGCGGUCGGGGCAUGUCCCCAAGAACACCUCCGAGGCCAAUUGCUUUCUCCUCGUGCCAUCCCCUCGCGUUAGAUCCAUUUCACCCCAGAAAGAUUCCUCACCCGCAAACACCCCGCCACCGUCGACUCAUCGCACCAGCGCCCAAGGCCCUGAACGCCUCAACCUCGAGUCGUCUCCUGUCAUCGAACCUCCGGGCAGCCCCCAGUCGCGUUCCUCACUCCAAAGCGAGGACAUGGCCGCCCCAGCCGGCUUUUGGGCCUCGGCGUCGAAAGAGAACGAAUCACCUUUCGAUGCAGAGCACAAGCCCGCCAGUCCGCUUUCACCCACUCGAAGUGGCUCGACCGCAAGGGGGUUGUCGUGGCAGAAACGUCCAAACUCGCAAGCAUCCGAGAGGUCCCGAUCUCGGCCGCUGUCCGUGUUCGCAGCUCAGAAUGCAGCCCGUUCCUCGAACAAUCCCCCCGAACCCACGUCGGCCACCGAGUCUGUAUCGAGAGACCAGAUUGCCUCGGCAUUGUCUUCCAAGGACCCUUCGUGGUUCCGCCAGACAGCCGAUAGAGGUGCUAAUUCGGCAGCGUACCGACGAAGUCAGGUGGAAGACAAGCACACCGUAGACAUGUCCGCCAUGCAAUCACAGCUGCCGGGUAUGUCGCGUGCUACCUCGGGCGAAUCUGCCAGAGAAGAGACGGUUACUAGCCCGGACUCGCCCUACCUUCGUGGCAAGCUAGCUUCACCACUGCCCCUAUCAAGCUCGCAAAGACUAGACCCACCAGGCGCAGAAGCUCAGCCAGAAACCGAGAUGGAUGAAGAGACGCAGGGUUUCAUGCCUCCACCACUCAGACGAAGCUCGCCCUCAAAAGCCGAGAGACCGAUAUCACCAACGAAGGGCUUGGGAGGGUUUGUGCAGAGUGCCAUGAUGAAGCGUUCCGACAGCGUGAACAAGAGAUGGAGUGUCCAAUCACCCGCAGGUCUGCAACGCGCAGACUCUGUUGUUUCAAAUCGCGAUAAUUAUACUCCUAGCACCCGGAUUGGCGCAAGCGCGAGGUCGAGGUCAAGACCGACCAGUUUGUUCCGGGAAGCGUCUUCUACGGAGCACUCGAGGCCAGGCUCUAGCCACGGCAAAGAAGAGGGCAAAGCCUCGACAGGCGCCGACGAUACGUCUUUCAAACGGAAGGACACGACAUCGCCGGAACCUCAAGAGCAGGAACCUGAGCAUGUCACGCCUCCGACGAGUCCCUCCAAGACCAUGGACUCUCGCAGAUGGAGUCCCACAAAGGCGAGCUGGCUUGAAUCUGCGUUGAACAAGCCGGAGUCUCCAAAGCCGAAAUCCGCCACUCCGGUUUCCAAUCAGCCAGCGUGGAUGGCAGAGCUCCAGAAGGCCAAAGCACAAAAGACACCCAGCUCGGGACCAGAGAGAGGUAGGUCUCCUACUGUUUCGCACAAGCACCAAGUUAGUAUUGGCGGGCUUAUGAGGUCCUCUGCUCCUGGCAUUACGGCGAAACCCCCUACACCAGCAGCUCUCCACAGUCCGUCCCUUUCUACAAGCAGCACUACCCGCCCUGCCUACGCCGCUCUUCGCAAAGAGUCAUCAAGCUCGACGACGGUCGAUAUCGGAACUGCCAAACCUGAAGUCGCUAGUGAGAAUCAACCGCCUGCAGAGAGUUCACCGACUUCAACGGUGCCGCCACCCGCCUCCAAAACAAAGCCGGAGACCCCUCCAAAGAAGGACUUCCGGGCAAAUCUGAGAUCUCGACAACUGCCCAGUACUUCUGGCAGUGCCCAGCAGCCCGAGUUCAAGAAUGUGUUUGGCAACCUUCGGAAGACAACUACGCAUAAUUACGUUGCCCCAGACGAGCUCAAGGAUAACAUUCUUAGAGGAAAAUCAGGACUGAGUGCCACUGGAGGUCCCCAGAAAAGUGAACGGAAGGAUGAGUUUAAGGACGCUAUCUUGGCAAAGAAGCAGGAGUUCCAGAGAGUACAAUCUGAGGGUCGAGGCAUCACGCGGCAGGAUAGUGUUACGGGCGAGAAGACACUACCCGAAGGUCUUGCGAAGCGGAGAGAACUUGGUCGAUCUAACACAGUGAAACGGGACUCCGCCACGUCCGAUACGAUGGGCUUCGACUCCAAAAGAUCGAGCGCUGUAUCAAAACGAGAUUCUGUCCCGGAGCCGUCGUCCAGCAGAUCAGCGCGUUUCGGUAGCAUAGGGAAUCGUGAUACGAUAUCUGAACCUACGACCACCGAACCAGAGCAUCCAAGUAUCAACGCGAAACGAGACUCGGCUCAAGAGGCCCCAGUCCUGAAGCGGAUCAGUGCGUUGCCCUCCACCCCGACACUGUCGAAGGAGACAAGUGCGCCUGGCCGCUUGCAGGGAAAGAUUGGAGGCGGUGUCCUAGCCAAUCGGUUCAAUCCUGCUCUCGCUGGCCUUCUAGCUAGAGGACCACCUGGGACGGGCUCGGGGUCUGGUGGCGCCAGUGGCAGCGCAUCGGAAACGAUCUCGCAGUCAGACUCUACCGCCAUGCCCAACGACAACGAAGCGGGAUCAGGUCCUAAGCUGACGCACAUGACAAAGGUUCGUGCUCGAGGUCCUAAGAGGAAGGCGCCUACUUCUGCCCCAGUGCCAGCGCCUAUUUCCGAGGAACCGGAGCCGAGAAUGGACAAGCCCUCACCAGAAGAGCCUCGGGCUCCACGACAGGAGUCCCCUGCCACGGUACCGAAGCCGCAACUAACAUAUCUUAUCGACUCUUCGAAGAAGAGCUACAAUGAACCUCCAAAGCCAAAGAGGCCACAGCCGACUGCUCUCGUGGGUUCGUCAAACAAAUCGUAUGACGCUUCCGUACCCGAUCAGUUAUCUGUCCGGACUCCCAAGUCAGGAAGCAGUUCCCAUGAGCAGGUGGCUGCAUUAGCUGUGCCAAGAAAACCGCUGUCGCCCACAAAGGUGCCAGAAGAGCCAAGCGACCCCCUAGACCAACCUCCGUCGCCAAGGAAAUUGAACAUGAACAGGAUGUCACGGUUCCUCGAUGACUCUACUCGAGUAGAGGGGAAGAGUGGCAGCCCUGAGAGACCCAAGGAACCCGAAGUGUCUGUCAGACCCGAUACGUCUUCUGAUAAGCUGAGUUUCCGACUGGAGUCGCAGCCGCAAUCACCACCGCUCGAAAAACCACGGAGGCCUUUGCCUGACCCGGUCUCCGUAUCAUGGAAGAGACAACCCUCGUCUGACGAGGCUGAGUCAACUACAGCAACCCCGGAGGGCAGAGGUCCAGCUAUGUUCGGUGCAAGGCCGUUGCCUGUACCCCCCGCAUUUGCUAAUGUCGAACCCCUGAAAAUCCCUGGCCGGUCACUCCCAAAGGAACCCGAACGAGCAUUGCCGACUCCAGGACCCAAGUCACCUGCCUCGAUAGCAUCUCCCAUGCGGUCACCGACGAAGCAGGCGUUGGAUACGUCAAACAUCCUGAGCGACUUCUUUGGUUCAGAACGCCCGCAAAGGCAUUACCACGUAGAUGCGGCUGAGCUUUUGAUACAUCGGCCCAAUACAGCGCCGCUGAAAAUCCAAACCUUGAGCACUCAACUCUACCAGUUCUCGGCAGAUGGCAAGAAAAUCCCAGUUCCCACCCAUCGUGAACGAACCCUGUUUGAGCGAGAGAUGUACAUAUGUUCGCAUACGUUCACGAACGAGGCUGGCAGAAAGACCGUCGAGGUCUACUUCUGGGCAGGGGAUGAGGUUUCUCAAUCGACUGUCGAGGACGCGUCACUCUUCGUGUCUCGAGAAGCGAGGGCUAUGGGUGACAAGUUGGUCAAAUUACGUCAAGGCAAGGAGACUCCCGAGUUCAUACAAGCUCUAGGGGGCAUUCUCAUCACCCAACGGGGGUCUGGCAACAAGUACGACUCACUUGCUCCGCAUAUGAUCUGUGGGCGGCGAUACCAUGGGCAUGUCGUCUUCGACGAGGCUGACUUCACACCGUCAGCCAUGUGUUCCGGCUUUCCUUACCUUAUCACUCAAGCUGGCAGAUGCUACUUGUGGAAGGGUAAGGGCAGCGGAGUGGACGAGCUCAGCUGCGCGCGUCUGAUAGGAAUGGACUACGCGCUCUCGGGUGAAAUGGAAGAGUUUGAAGAUGGCCGCGAGCCAGCAACGUUCUGGGACCUCUUCAAUGGCGGCAGUAGAUCUGGGUCAGCAGACCACUGGCGACUCAAGCCGAACUACGACAAGUACUGCAGCAGGCUGUUCUGCUCGGACGCAGCCUCGAGACAGCAGGUCGUAGAGCUGUCACCGUUCGCCCAGACGGAUCUCCAACCCACGGGCAUCUACGUCAUUGAUGCCUUCUUCGAACUUUACAUAGUCGUUGGGUCGCGCGCCCAGUCCCAGUACGCAUCGUUCCACAACGCACUGGACUUUGCUCAGGAGUAUGCCAUCCUCGCUUCAGGCAUGGAAGAUCGGCCCUAUGUGCCCAUCUCUACAGUGGUGCUAGAGGGAAUUCCUCGGGAUAUGAAGAGUAUAUUCCGCAAGUGGCGCGACGCUGCCGGUCCGACCACCACCAACCCAAACGCGGGCUUGAAACGGGGUCGUAGUCUCAAAGUGGUGUCGUUGAACCAGGCACUUCAGGCAUUGAGCGAUUAG